UAUCAGGGCGGCAACCAUUUGGCUUUUAAAGGAGGGAACUAGUCGGGUUAGGAUCCGAUCCGGUCAAGUGUACCCGUCAUAUCCCGGACCCUGGCUGGCCCCUCACCCUUUUCCUUUUCCUUUUCCCUCCUCCUCUCACUUUCUCACUUUCUCGGAAGAGAAAGAGCGAGAAAUUUUUUCAAUACGCAGUUAUUUUUCCAGUUAAAGACCUACUUCCUUCUAAUCCCGCUCAAUCUCUUUUGCUCAUUUAUUAUACUAUUAUUGUUGUUGUGUUCGUUUUUCUAGGGCUGGGGUUUAGACAUAUAUUAAUUUUUUUUUUCAAUUUAUUUUCCCCCCUAUGUCGCUCGCAUCUUAAUUCUCGAAUCUUCGAUCCCCAAUUCCCUAGAAUUCUCUGUAGCCCUGAGCUUCCAUUUCGAUGGAGCAAGAGAAGCGCGGCGGUGAAUCAUCGAGGGUUUCGUCGUCGUUUUUCAAGUCCGGCGACCGGCAAAUGUUCACGAUGGAGCUUCGUCCCGGUGAGACUACCAUAGUCUCGUGGAAGAAGCUCAUGAAGGACGCUAAUAAGGUCAAUGGGUCUUCUUCUACUUCCGCCCCUGAGCUGCCUCCUGUCAAUGCUCAUCCCCGUCUCGAGUCUCGUAUCGCUCCGGUGGCGGUGCAACAGGAUGGUGAAGAAGUUAAAGAUGAGACUGCACCAAGUCGUUUUAGUGCUGUUAUUGAGAAGAUUGAACGACUUUAUAUGGGGAAAGAUAGUAGUGAUGAUGAAGAUCACAAUGACAUGCCUGAUGAUGAUCAAUAUGAUACAGAAGACUCCUUCAUCGAUGAUGCUGAGUUGGAUGAAUAUUUUGAAGUUGAUAAUUCAGCCAUAAAGCAUGACGGAUUUUUUGUUAACAGAGGACAACUGGAACGCAUUGAAUCUACUGCAUUACCUAGCCAGCAACCAAAGAAAAGGCGAAGAAAGGAUUUGGCAAAGGGUAAUGGUGAAAAUGAUGAUGGUCGUUUGCAAAAUAAACUUGCAAAACUAGGCAAAAUGGCUACUGGUAAGAAUACAUCAGCACCUGCAAAGACUUUGUCUACCACUACUCAAGCAGUAGCUGUAUCCGGUGAACGCGGUGAAGAUAUGAAAUUUCAGAAUCAGUUGAAUGCUACAGUAUUUGGUGCUAAGAAGAAAUCCUCCGAGUCAAAAACAUUAAUAGAUCCUUCUGUUCUGAAAGUUUCAAAUGGAGAUACUACUAUGAUAUUAGCUGAGGUAAAGGAUAUUGAAAAGCAGAAGACAGGAGCCUUAUUUUCUAAAGAUCCAAGUAGCAAGUUUAAAGAAAUGGCUGUAUCCUCUGAUUCCUCACAUUCAAAACAUCAUGAUAAAGGUGCCUAUGCACAGUCCAAAUCCCAAUCUGGGAAACCAUCUAGUGGUGUUGAUGAAUUGGAUUUAUCAGUUCGGGCCAGGGAAAAAAAUGGCAACCGUGAACUUUCUGAUGUUAACACCUUCGAGGGAAAGUACUCUGCUCCAAUGACAAAAAUAUCACACAUGCACAAAAAGGAUGGUUCUAAUGCAAGGCCAAAAGGUUCAAUACUUGAAAAGGCUAUUAGGGAGUUAGAGAAGAUGGUUGCAGAAUCAAGGCCGCCUACUGUGGAAAGUCAAGAGGCAGAUAAUUCAUCACAGGCUAUUAAAAGGAGAUUGCCUAGAGAAAUAAAAAUGAAGCUUGCCAAAGUUGCCCGAUUAGCGCAGGCUAGCCACGGAAAAGUUUCGAAAGAACUACUCAACCGCCUUAUGAGUAUUCUGGGUCACUUAAUUCAGCUGAGAACAUUAAAGAGAAAUUUGAAAGUCAUGAUUAGUAUGGGUUUGUCGGCAAAACAGGAGACAAAUGAUAGGUUUCAACUGGUAAAGAAGGAAGUCAUAGACAUGAUUAAAUUGCGAGCACCCUCUAUGGAGUUGAAGGCCUUGGAGCAACAAGCUGGAGCAUCAGACGAUUUUCAAGAAAUUGCUACUGAACAAAAAGAAGUUUCUAAAAGAAAGUUCAGUAUGGAUGCUGCAUUGGAGGACAAGAUCUGUGAUCUCUAUGACCUUUAUGUUGAUGGUCUGGAUGACGAUGCAGGUCCUCAAAUUAGAAGGCUUUAUGCAGAGCUUGCAGAAUUAUGGCCAAAUGGUUUCAUGGAUAACCAUGGGAUCAAACGUGCAAUAUGUCGGGCAAAAGAUAGGCGAAGAACACUAUAUAACAGUAAAAAGGAUCAGGAGAAAAUAAGGAGGAAAAAGAUGUUAGCCUCUAAAACAGAGGAGGGUGUUAGAGUUGAGGCUGGUUCCAUUUUGCAGCCACAAUACACACGAGAAAGGUUGGCUACUGAAUCUGCUAGUCAUAGUUCAGCAAACAAGUCAGUUUCUGCUUCAACAGCAACAGCGGUCAUGCGGACACCCAGUCCAAUAAAUGUACAGAGCUUCGACAAGGUAAAACAAGAAAAACUCAAGGGAACUUCAAGCCACUCCCCAGAUGAGGCUAGGGCGGGAGACAGUACCGUGGUGACAAAGAAGAAGGUGAAGAGAAAGCCAGAAUUAGAGUUGGAUGAAACUCGUCUCCGGGCAGAAAAGUUACCAUCUCAACAGGGAGAGGAAAGACAGAAGUCGCUCAAACAGUCUGCAACUCUACCACUUAAACCAAACCUUCAGUCCACUGUCCUUUCAAGCCUCGAACAAUCAAGCUGACAUGAUAUUAUUUCCUCACUUAGAAAAGUAUUUUUCAUCUUCAAAUUGCUCUUGUAAGAAAGUUCCUAUUUUUUUUUUUCAAUAGUUCUUUCUCGUGGGUUGGCUUCACUCUUUGUGACCAACUUUUUGUGUUACCAUUUUUGUAAUUAAGUGUCAUUUCGUGCUACCUUGUUUAUGGAUUAGAUGUAUGCCUUUAUAUAGAGAUAGCAGAAAGUUGUACUGUAAUUCCCUAAUGCUGGUGCAGUGUGAAAAACUCUUCACUUAACAAGCUAAGUUGACAAGUUUCUUUCUUUCCAAAUUGAUGGUCGGAUCUUCACUAAA